AUGAAAGACAACGACUGCGAGAUAGUUGACUCCAUUGCGCCUGAUGAUCGCGCUUGGCUUGAGUGGAAGAAUCUGGUCGAAGAUGAAGGAUGGACUUCAGAUGAUCUCAGCGUAUUGACUCUUACGCCCAGACUUUCCUCAACACGAAUUGUUCUAGCACGGAAAAGAAGUGAUGGCAGCUUCAUUGGCACCGUUAUUUGGAACGAAUAUGAUGAAAUCGCUUUUAUCGGAUUCUAUCUCCUGAAGCCUGAAUACCGAGGAAAAGGCAUCGGCUCAGUCAUCUGGAAACGUGCAAUUGAAAGAAUGCCGAAGAAUUAUACAAUUGCGCUCAGAGCA